GAGCAAGCGCUGUUUUGAGCUGGGUUGGCCUAUCCGCACUAGCCACGUGUUUUUCAAGCCCCCACCCGUCAAAAGCAAGGACCCUGGCAAGAAAUGGGAGACCCCCAAAACCGCAGCGGGAGAGGAUUUCUCAAGCAAGAGCCGGCUGAGCAAGACGCUGUUUGUGGAGUGGCGCUCCUUCCUCCACCUCUACCGCAGCUUCGACCGCAUGUGGGCCUUCCUGCUCCUCAUGUUCCAGGGCAUGGCCAUCGUGGCGUUCAGCGGGCAGGACGGGUCCACCACGCUCAUGAAGGUGCUCUCCGUGGUGCCCAUGGCUGCCAUCCUCCGCUUCUUCCAAGUGCUGUUUGACAUCCUGCUAUCGUUCGGAGCCUACCGCAGCAUGAGUGUGCAGACCAUCUCCCGCAAGUUCCUCCGCCUAGCUGUGCUCGGCGCCUGGGGGGGCUUCCUCUCCUUCUUCCUCAUCAUGUAUUUCAAGUCGGGAUUCGAUUUCAACAGCCCCUACCGCCCGCUCUUCCUAAUGCUUGCAGCCAUCUACGUCAUCCCGGCUGUCGUCCUCUCACUGCUCAUGCGCUUCGUCACGCCGCUGCGCUCCCAAAUUGACCGUGUCAGCCACCACCGCUUCUUCCAGUUCGUCAAGUGGUUCUACCAGGACGAGGUGUACACAGGGAGGGGCAUGUACGAAAGCUUCAAAGACACAUUUCUGUACUCACUGUUCUGGGUGGUGCUGCUGCUGUGCAAGUGCCUCUUCAGCUACUACUUCCAGAUCCUCCCUCUCGUCGGCCCCACGCGCUACAUCAUUGGCUUCAAGCACCUCAAGUACCGCUGGAGGGACCUCGUCUCUGCAAGCAACUACAACGCUCUCACGCUUCUCUCCAUCUGGGCGCCAGUCUUUGUGAUCUACCUGAUAGAUGCACAGAUCUGGUACACUGUGCUCUCGGCUGUUCUCAGCACACUCAUUGGCGCAUGGUGGCAUCUGGGGGAGAUCCGAACACUCUCCAUGCUACGGGCGCGCUUCCGCUCGUUCCCAGCAGCCUUUAUGAACACAGUGCAUCACCAGAACAAGUUCAACCGCACGCGCUCCACAUCGCUGCGCUCGUCUGCCCGCUUCCAGCCGCUGGGGUCACAGCAGCCGGCGAGUGGCAGCGAGUUGCUGCUGUCGUCUCGACGGGAGGCGUGCAAGUUUGCCAUCGCAUGGAAUGAGAUCAUCCGCCUGCUGCGAGAGGAAGACUACCUCUCUGACAGGGAGUACGAUCUGCUCAUCAUGCCUGCUCUGCCUUCGAACGUGACCGUGGUGCAAUGGCCGCUCUUCCUCCUCGCCAACCAGAUCCUCCUCGCAGUCGGAGAGGCAUCAGGCCGCAAGGAAUCCCAAUCAGCCGUGUGGCGCAAGGUGACAGCGGACGAGUACAUGCGGUGCGCCGUGCUGGAGGCCUACCAGAGCCUGCGCCCCUUCCUGCUCUCCGUCGUCGAACCCAGCCGCACCGCCCCCACCACCGGCACCGCUGCUGCUGCUAUCCAGGAGGCAGGCAGUGGGGUGUACGAGGCGCGGAUCAUCAACCGGCUGUUUGAUGACUUGGAGGUGGAGGCGAAUAAUGGCAGCCUGCUCACCACCUUCCGCUUCUCCGCCCUGCCUGUCAUCCUCGACCGCCUCUCCAAGCUCACUGCCGUGCUGAUCCAGGACCAGAACGAGAUGACGCAGCGGGCAGCAGUGCAGGCGCUGCAGGCGCUCUACGACACCGUUAAGUUUGACUUCCUCUCCCCGGAUCACCGAGCAAGCCUGGAGGAGGUGUCAGGCAAGCCCCAGUCGUACUGCCUGUUCGCAGCAGUGGCGUGGCCAGCGAACCGGGCGGCGGUGAAGCGGCUGCACCUGCUGCUGACGAUCAAGGAGUCGGCCAUGGACGUGCCUCACAACCUCGAGGCGCGGCGCCGCCUGCAGUUCUUCACCAACUCGCUGCACAUGCGCAUGCCCGACGCCCCUAAAGUCGCUGACACGCUGCCCUUCUGCGUGAUGACGCCGUACUACAGUGAGAUAGUGACCUACUCCAUGGCGGAGCUAGUGAAGCCCAACGAGGAUGGCAUCUCCACCCUGUUCUACCUGCAGAAGAUCUUCCCAGACGAGUGGGCCAACUUUCUGCAGCGAGUGGGCAUGGGAGAGAAGGAGCUGGAGGUGCGGCUGAGGGCGAAGGACGACAUCAAAGAGCUGCGCAUGUGGGCCUCGUACCGCGGCCAGACGCUCGCCCGCACCGUGCGCGGCAUGAUGUACUAUCACCGAGCGCUCAGACUACUCGCCUACAUGGAAACGCCAAACUCCACAGACCUAGAGCUGGGGGCGGAUGGGCUGCCUUUGGACCCGGCGGACAGGCUGUAUCUGGCGAAGGUGGAGCCCAAGGAGCUGGCGGACGUGAAGUUCACGUACGUGGUGACGUGCCAGAUCUACGGCAAGCAGAAGGCUGACAAGGACCAGCGCGCUGCUGACAUCUUCAACCUCAUGAAGGAGCACGAGGCCCUGCGAGUGGCAUACAUCGACGAGGUGGUCACCCUGCCAGCAGACCCUUCCCGGCCGGACGCCCGCCCUAAAACAGAGUGCUUUUCACGGCUGGUGAAGGUGGACACGUUCGGCUCUGAGCAGGACAUCUACAAGGUGAAGCUGCCGGGGCCCGCGAAGCUGGGCGAGGGCAAGCCGGAGAACCAGAACCACGCCAUCAUCUUCACCCGCGGGGAGGCGCUGCAGACGAUAGAUAUGAACCAGGACAACUACUUUGAGGAGACGCUCAAGAUGCGCAACCUGCUGCAGGAGUUUACCACCCGGCAUGGGCUCAGGAAGCCGUCGAUCCUGGGCGUCAGAGAGCACAUCUUCACUGGCAGGUGGGUGACUGAAACCAGCUUCGUCACCCUCGGCCAGCGCUUCCUUGCCAUUCCUCUCAAGGUGCGCAUGCACUACGGGCAUCCAGAUGUGUUUGACCGCCUCUUCCACAUCACGCGGGGGGGCAUGAGCAAGGCGUCCAAGACCAUCAACAUCAGUGAAGACAUCUUUGCCGGCUUUAGCACCACGCUGAGACAAGGCAAUGUGACCCACCACGAGUACAUACAAGUGGGCAAGGGGCGAGACGUGGGGCUCAACCAGAUCGCACUCUUUGAGGCCAAGGUCGCCAGUGGCAACGGAGAACAGGUGCUGUCACGGGACAUCUGUCGACUGGGUCAGCUCUUUGACUUCUACCGCCUCCUCUCCUUCUACUUCACCUCUGUCGGCUUCUUCCUCUGCACCGCUCUCACUUCCUUCUGUGCCUUCUUGUUUCUCUAUGGAAGAGUCUACCUGAGCCUAUCAGGAGUGGGUGCGACUCUCUCGUCGCAGAGUGAGAGUGUGGCGAACCUGGCGCUGGAAUCAGCCAUCAACACGCAGUUCCUCAUCCAAGCAGGCUUCUUCACCGCUGUGCCCAUGAUCAUGGGAUUCAUCCUCGAACAGGGCUUCCUGCGGGCGGUGGUGAGUUUCAUAACGAUGCAGCUGCAGCUGGCGUCUGUCUUCUUCACCUUCUCCCUCGGCACGCGCGCCCACUACUUCCUGCGCACGCUGCUGCACGGCGGGGCCAAGUACCGCGCCACUGGCAGAGGCUUUGUUGUUCGGCACAUCAAGUUUGCUGACAACUACCGUCUCUACUCACGCUCGCACUUCACAUACGGCAUAGAGGCAAUAAUGCUGCUGACGGUGUACAUGCUGUAUGGGGGCAGCAGCUCCAGCCUGGUCUAUCUGCUCAUCACCAUCUCCUCGUGGUUCCUCGCCCUCUCCUGGUGCUACGCGCCCUACAUCUUCAACCCCGCCGGCUUCGAAUGGCAAAAGACGGUGGCGGAUUUUGAGGACUGGGUGGAGUGGCUGUGGUACAAGGGCGGCGUGGGCGUCAAGGGCGAGCAGAGCUGGGAGUCGUGGUGGGAUGAGGAGACGGAGCAUGUGCGCAGCAUCCGCAGCCGCAUCAUACAGGUGGUGCUGAACCUGCGCUUCUUCUUCGUGCCCUACGGCAUCGUCUACCAGCUCAACGUCGCCCAGGGCAGCACCAGCAUCCUCGUGUAUGCGUACGCAUGGAUCAUCUUUGUCGCCGUCGCCCUUGUCUUCUGGGUGUUCAACUUCUCACGUGCGUGGGAGGCACAGCUACCUCUCCGGCUGCUGCAGAUCACAGCGGCAGUGCUCUUCGUGGCGGGCAUUGCCGUGUGUGUCACCGUCACCUCGCUCACCGUCGGCGAUCUGUGCGCCAUCAUCUUCCUCUUCAUCCCCCUCAACGGCUGGGGCCUGCUGCAGGUGAUUAUAGCCCUGCGGCCCGUGCACAACAAGCGGCUGUGGUGGUGGAGGCAGGUGCGCACCCUAGCGCGUGUGUACGAUGCAAUCAUGGGGGGGAUGAUCUUCCUGCCAGUCGCAGUGCUCUCGUGGUUCCCCUUCUUUUCCACCUUCCAGACCCGCCUUGUCUUCAACCAGGCCUUCUCCCGAGGCCUCGAGAUCUCUCUUAUCCUUGCUGGGAAACCCUCCGAUGCUGCUGCCUAG